GACGUCAUCGCGCGGGCGGAAGUGACGCGAGGCGACGUCGCCAUGGCCGCUCCGCCGAUGCCGCCGCCGUCUUCUUAAAAGGAAUUCGCGGCCGUCGUCGUUGUCGUCGUUGUCAUCGUCGUCGUCGUUGUCGCCGAUCGCGGCCGUCGCCUCCACGAGGAGAUUCGACGCAACGCGGCUCGAUGGCGGCUUCCUGCGUAUCAAGGAAGAAAAACUGAAGUGAAAAGAAGCAACUGGGUCUUCGAGAAGAAAUCACUGAAAGCCUUUUGAAGAUUUACAACCACUGACCUUUUCUGACGAGGCCAAACAUGGCAUCAGGCUUCAGUGGGAAGAGAGCGGGGGAGGGCGACGAGAGGCGAGGAAGCGCCAAUGCCGGGGAUAGCGGUGGCCAAGCAUCGCGGGUGGGCCCCGGCAAGAAGCAACUGCCGCCCAUCCCCCGGCAGCAACCGUCGGCAUCGACACCAAAACCCCUCUCCCCGCCGACCGCGCCGGCCAAUGCCUCCAAUGGAACGCACGCCUCAUACGGGCCCUACUUCCUCGAGUACUCCCUCCUCUCAGAAUUUGCUCUUUUGGUCAGACAGAAGCUCCCUGGAGUAUAUGUGCAGCCAUCGUGCAAGUCUGCCCUCACCUGGUUUGGUGUAAUCUUCAUCCGGCAAGGCCUGUACCAAGACGGCGUGUUUAAAUUCACCGUCUACAUCCCGGACAAUUACCCUGAUGGAGACUGCCCCAGACUGGUGUUCGACUGGCCAGUCUUUCACCCGGUCAUUAACGAAACCACCGGGGAGCUGGAUGUCAAAAGGGCUUUCAACAAGUGGAGGCGUAAUCAGAACCACAUCUGGCAGGUUAUGCUGUACGCCAGGCAAGUCUUCUACAAGAUUGAGACAUCGAACCCACUCAGCACGGAGGCAGCUCUUCUGUAUGAGAAGGACAUUCAGCAGUUCCGAAGCAAGGUUUUGGAUUCGGUGAAACUAUGCAACAGUCACAUCUUUGACCCUCCCAAGAUUGAAGAUGCCUAUGCAAUACGGUUUUCCCCAUGGAAUCCCCAACUGCAUGAAGGUGCCAGAGAAAAGAUGUUGUCUCCAAAGAAGCCAGAGGAACCGCACUCGAGAAACGCAGGCUUGUCUUGGGUGAAGCCUGGCACGACGCAGCCUUUCAGCAAAGACGAAUCGCCCUUCUGAGACGUGGCGCUGAGUGGCCUGCGAGAAAUUAAAGAACAUUGUCAGCAUCAGACGGAUUGCACUGCACACUUUGCUCUUUUCAAGUAUUCUGCCGAGUCUCCACCAAUGACAAUGCAAAGCGGCACAGUCCUUAGGAAUGCACUGCGCGCUCUGCGUGAAUGGCAGGGAAACCUCCACUUUGUAUCUUUUCUGCCUUUCCGAGGUUCGCAUUUGUUUUUACAAUGAAAUUCAGCCAUUCUUGCAUCUUGCAACUAAAAGACCUCUUUUGCAAAAUGCAUUGGCAAAGGAAACAAAGAUCUGCCGAGUGUGUUUGUGAACAAACAAUAACAUUCAUUCCGUCUUAAGAAAGGGCGAUUGCCCUUUCCUGUGUUGUUGCUUCUUGCUGUGCCUGCGCGCUUUUCUCUGAAGCCACGCGCACCAACGAGAAGCACAGAAUCCACCGCUCUGCUCACGCCCGCACAAGAAAACGCGCGCGCAAUGAGCUUUUUUUACGCAAGAAUCCAAAAGGACGCUUCAAACGACUCAUGUUGCCGGUUGCUGACGUGGCGUUCAAUGACAGAGCCUGACAUCCUUGACACGUGUUCAACACUGACUAUCUUAAUGUGAGGACUUCUGCGAUCGUCGUCUGAAAACAUUGUCUGCGGUCAAACAUGACUUCACUGCAGUUGACAUUGAGAAUCAUGACUCAUUCCAUGGAAAGAAAAAUAUCCAACCGCUUUGCAGCUCAUCCUCUUCCCACCAAAAACACGCAACGGCUUCAUUGUGUUCAUCAUUUUGAUUUAUAUACAGUAAACUUUAUUAACCGCUA